AUGCAACGACAGUUCGAAGGCUGGUCCUACAAUCGCCCCGUUGCCGGCCUCGGCGAUGCUGGAGGGAGCGUAAAGGACCCCUCUUUUGGAAAUAAGGCGGAUGGUCACUCGGGCAUGCUGAUCGAUCUGGAUCUUGCCAAAGAAGUCGGAAGCGGGCGAAGCGGCGCGCGGCACCAGACUGGCACGAUGGAGUUCAUGGCGAUCGAGGUGCUACUUAAUAUCGACCAUACCUAUCGGCAUGAUCUUGAGUCGUUUUUCUACGUGCUUAUCUGGCAGUUCGCCCGUAAUGGCUGGGGGAAGGAUAAGUAUUCUAAAGAUAGUAAACUUCGUGCCUGGUAUGCUGGUAACUAUGAGGACAUUGCAAACGCCAAGCUUGGCCAUAUGAGCAAAGCUGAAAACAUGGGAUUUGGAUUCAUUUUGAGGGAGUUCCCUCCAAAAUUUCGUGGCGUUUUACCACUUAGUCGGGUACUACGAGACAUUUUCUUUCCUUACAAUGACAAAGGCCUUAUUGUUGGCACUCCCCAAGACCCAAGCCGCUUAUACGACCCAAUUAUCAAGGCCUACGAUGACGCGAUCACCCAGUUUGAACUAGGAAACCUCACGCAUGAUAAAUUUAUUUAG